CGUAGAGCGGAGGAAGCAAAUAGGUUUGGAAGUGUGUAUCGGAAGAACAUGGGCGGGCACUAGGACCCAUCAGCGUCAAGAAGAUGUGGCUUUGGGGGCUGCCGAGGCGCGCGCUAGCCUGGAGGUGACGCGGCGUUGGCUGAGGUCUCCGGCCGGGACCAAGCGCUGCGGGGGAGGAGACUCGGCUGCCUUCGGCCUCGGCCCACUUCUCCCUGUGUGUUUCCUGCUCUCUCUUCCGCCUACGGUCCUGGGAUCCGGCUCUGGUCCGGGGACAUCCAGCCUCCCCCGGGGUCUCUCGGCUCCCGUUCGGCCCUGCCACCUGCCGUCGCCCACCCCUGAGUGCCGGGGCCCGGUGGUGGAGGCCACGGCGACGGCCGGCCGCUGAUUUGCUGUUGCAGGCGCGGGGCGGGGCAGGUCGGAGACGCUCGGACUCCGCGGGCCGCUCCGCGUUUUCCCGCCAUGUCGUUCGUGGAGAGCGGGAGGCGCUUGGCUCCGCGGCGCCGCCGCCUCGACACCCCGGCGCCUUUCGCUCGGCCUGCGUAUAUCGCCUUCGCUCAGGGGGACAGUUGGGGUGAAGGCGAGGUCGACGAGGAGGAGGGAUGCGACCCAGUGGCCCGCGACCUGCGGGCGGAGUUCUCGGCUGGGGCCUCUUCAGAGCCCAGAAGCCGCUCGCUACUCCUUUCGGAUGGGUCUGAGUCGCCGGUCCUGCCGGAUAAGCGCAAUGGCAUCUUCCCGGCCGCUACGGGCGUCCGAGCCCAGUCUCGGCGGUGGCCGGUCCAGGUCCUCUCUAUUCUUUGUUCGCUGCUCUUCGCCAUCCUACUGGCCUUCCUCCUCGCCAUCGCCUAUCUGAUCGUUAAAGAGUUGCAUGCUGAAAAUUCGAAAAAUGAAGAUGAUAUAGACACUGGGCUGUUAGGAUUCUGGACUCUGCUUAUAAUAUCCCUAACUGCUGGAUUCUCCUGUUGCAGCUUUUCUUGGACAGUGACUUAUUUUGAUUCUUUUGAACCAGGAAUGUUUCCCCCUACUCCUCUUUCACCUGCCAGGUUCAAGAAACUGACUGGACAUUCUUUCCACAUGGGCUAUAGCAUGGCAAUUUUGAAUGGCAUUGUAGCUGCUCUUACUGUAGCAUGGUGCCUCAUGUAAACCCACGUGAAGCAAUAUUGUUGGCAAAACUUAGUCAUGAUUUUAAUGACAAGCAAGAACAUCAUUGCCUACUCAGAAGAUCAAGAAACCUGCUGUUCAUUAGAUGGUUCAGAUAUCUGUUGUAAUCAUCAUCAUUAUGGAGAACCUUGUAAAGCAUUGUUCUAGAGUCUAGACAUUGGGAAUACCUGAAUAUUAAGUUUUAAGUACUUUUUAAAAAGUAUAAGGUGUUUACCUCAUCUUUUUACUUUUGUAUGUGUAGUUUUUAAAAAUUGUAGAAAACAUUUUAAUGGAAAUCAAACUCAAAAACUUGAAUACAGGACAAUGCCUACCUUUCCAUGUAUGUAUUACGUUUUUUGCUAAGAUAUGGAUAUUACUGUUUAAUUGCAAUACAAAUAUUUAUACGUUAGGAACGCAAAUAAUGCCUACUAUGCCAACAUUUUAUAGAAGCUACUUUUAAAUCAAAAUAUUUAGUUUUUGAUAUUCAUAAUAUUAAUAGAAGGUGCAUUUAUUUUUUUUUAUGGGGCAU